AUGGACAAAGACAACAAUGAAGACGACGAUGCGAGGGUCAGAAAGCCAUACGGUGGCCCAUUUCUAUUCAUCAACAAGACUUCCGAGACCCUGACCCGCAGUCGAGACGAGAGUUUCACUAUAUCAUCGCAUGUAUCCAAAACACAUCGCAAGUGGUUGAAAGAGGAGAAGCUCAGGCGAUUGCACGCAUCUGGAAGCAAGGCUGUGGCAGCCCAACGAACGAUCCUGCCAGCAGCAACAUCACGCAUCCCGGGGGUUGGUCCGUCCAGUGAUGCCUCAGGCGAGGGUCAUCCGGGGCCUGCACGGGCGCCCGCCGACCCCAGUCAACUGCAACAUGACGGUAGCGCCUCGCGAGCCACUGCACGCCAUUCGGCGGGCGUAAGGAUACGUGGUGACGAGCAUAAUAGUCAACCCGUUUACCCGUUUGAGGGCAGCCAAGAAAAUAUCGACCAACAACGAACGGUACCGCCUGAGGCAUGGAACAGGCGUGCUUUGGCGAUCAAUAGACCCUCGUUAGGGUUCUGGAAGGGUAAUUCUGACCCUUUCUCGGCAGCUGCGGUGUCUCUGGCUGCCCCGGACCAUCAUGAGAUCAUCCGUCUAGCUCAACGCUUUUUCGUGUUUGUGGCUUGGCCAGAAAAGACGAACGCACUGUGGAGAGCCCCAAUAGGCGACACUUCUAGUUCCAACAUUCAUCUUGACCAGACUAUUGCAGAUGAAGCUGAAGUCCAUGCCCUCCUUGCCGCUGGUUAUGCUGUAAGUGGAGGGCUUUCGGUGCAUGACUCCCAGAGUUCGAGGUCCCGGCAACUAUUGCAUAAAGCCAAAGCUGUGGCGCUUCUUCGAGACAGGCUGGCGAAACAUGGCUUCUCCCCAAGCGUCACCACAUUGAUUCGCCUUCUCAUUUCACUUGACUUUCACUCCUCCGAUAACGAAUCAGCACUGGUCCAUUUGCGUGGCCUCUGGGCCAUUGCGUCGACAACACCUGGAUUUUUGCCGGAUGCCCAAGAGCUGCUCUUGAUCAGCGAUGCGUGGAUCUCCAUAGCAUUGUUGAAGAGACCUGAGAUAUCGCCGGAACGUUACGACCCUGGACCACGCUCACAGCAUUCGUUCGACCAGGCUCUCCAAGAACUGGAAAAUAAGCAUGGCAUUGCUGUGACAGACGGGGCCAAGAGCGCCACCCCAGAGGCUGCAUUCGAUCAAAGCAUGUGGAAGAUAUUGGAGGGCGCCCACGAGAUUGUCAAUACGAAGAGGAUAGUGGACGAGGUCACCGACAAGAAAUUACGAGAGGAGGUCGUCCAUUGGAUGAACCGACGGAGCAGUGCUAUUACUGCCUAUUGCACGACAGGAUACGUGAACGCGACCGAACUCGCACAAUCCCCAGAGCUAGACGAUGCAAAGAAGGUCAAGCAAACCUUGAUGGCCGCGGCGUCUCUGUGUGGGAUGAUGUUUAUGAACUUCAAAUUCUUGGAUCUGCCGCACAACUACAAUUUCAGCAGGACGUGCCAGAAGAUCGAGCAAGUUCUGACAAGUGUGUCGCAGGCAUUGGCGCGAGAGAUUGAACCGGCACAAGACGCCGAUUACCUGUGGCUUUUGCUUCUGGUCGCCAUGGGCAAUGACAUUUUCGGCGCGAGGGGUGAUAUACCGUAUUCUUCGUGGCCGGCCACCGAGUUCCACCACGUCUGCGAGCGUCUCGGCAUCAUCGUCUCAGACCAGCAGCACCAGCAGUCAGUAACGACCAUUUUGCAUCGGUAUCCCUGGUACCCGGAAACGGACGUCUUCCUGCUCGAGCUGCUGCGCCAAAAGGAGCCGCGCGUGAGUAUCAUCCCGUGGUCGAGAUGGCGCGAUAUCCUGAAUCAUCCUUGA